AUGCCCAAGAUCCUGAUUCAGAUGUACGAACCCUUCAUGGCGUUUCAGAUCAAACAGAAAAAUCAGAAGUACCAUGGAGAUCAUGACAGGGAUCCAGGCUUGGAUAAAGAGAUUAUAAUGUCACUGGGAAAACUGCCCUUUAAACAGCUGGAAAAGGACCAUCUGAUCUUCUAUGAGGAAGACCUGAGAGAGUGUGGGAUUGAUGUCACAGAAGCAUCCGUGUACGCAGGAGUGUGCACACACAUCUUUAGAGAGGAGUGUGGGCUGCACCAGAGGAAGGCUUCCUACAGAGGCAGUGUGAAAGACUUUGUCAACUUCAAUGCCAAGCAGGAUGCUGAGCUCUUACACAAGGCUAUGAAAGGCAUAGGCACUUAUGAGGACACCAUUCUCAUGCUCUUGGCAUCGCGCAGCAACAAUCAACGGCAGGAAAUUAAGGUGGAGUACAAGAAGGCCCACGGAAAGGAUCUUGUGAGUGAUUUAAAGUCGGAGCUGGGAGGCUUGUUCGAGACGCUCGUUGUGGCGUUGAUGACGCCUCCCAUUUCCUAUGAUGCCUCUCAACUCCAUAAAGCACUCAAGGGGGUGGGGACGGAUGACGACGUGCUGAUUGAGAUCCUAGCGUCUAGGACCUGCGCCCAGAUUAAAGACAUCGUCAAAGUCUACAAGAAAGAGUGUGGCGGGAAGCUGGAGAAAGAUAUCACCGGUGACACCUCAGGCAACUUCCAAAAGCUUCUAAUAAUGCUUCUGCAGAGGAGCAAUGACGAAGGGGUGGAUGACAACAGGAUUGAGAAAGACGCAAAGGAACUGAUUGCUGCUGGCAAGGGGAAGGUUGGCACAGACGAAGACAAAUUCAUCAACAUCCUGGGCAAUAGGAGCCAUGAACACCUUCGACUAGUGUUUGACGCCUACAAGAAGGUGUCUGGCAAUGAUAUUGAGGACAGCAUUGAGGGCGCGACUAACGGAAACCUGGAGAACUUAAUGCUGGCAGUUGUGAAGUGUGCUAAGAGUGUCCCAGCCUACUUUGCGGAGUCCCUCUACAGGUCUAUGAGGCGUGCUGGCACUGAUGACCAGACUCUGAUGAGAAUCAUGGUGUCCAGGGGUGAGACAGACAUGCUGGACAUCAGAGCCUGCUUUAAGAAGAUGUAUGGGGCCUCUCUUUACACCACCAUCCAGGAGGACACCACUGGGGACUACGGAAAGGCCCUGCUCUAUCUUUGUGGAGGAAAUGACUGA